CAUAAUUGUCAUAUGUCAUGUCAAAAGUUGUUAUUUAAAUGUCAAAGAUGAAGAUGGCUGAUAGCUCUACGAUUUUGCGAAGAAAUAGACCUGGAACAAAAGCCAAGGAUUUUUGUCGAUGGCCAGAUGAACCUUUUGAAGAAAUGGAUAGCACGUUAGCGGUGCAGCAAUAUAUUCAGCAAUUAAUUAGAAAAGAUCCAACCAAUAUUGAUUUAAUUCUAAAAAUGCCUGAAACUCAAGACGAAGGUGUUUGGAAAUAUGAACAUCUAAGGCAAUUUUGCAUGGAACUAAACGGUUUAGCUGUCCGGUUACAAGGUGAAUGUCAUCCUGAAACUUGCACACAGAUGACAGCAACUGAACAGUGGAUAUUUCUUUGUGCCGCCCAUAAAACUCCUAAAGAAUGCCCCGCCAUAGAUUACACUAGACAUACAUUAGAUGGGGCGGCGUGUUUGUUAAAUAGUAAUAAAUAUUUCCCUAGCAGGGUUAGUAUAAAAGAAUCUUCGGUAGCCAAGCUAGGAUCCGUUUGCAGAAGGGUUUAUAGAAUUUUUUCACAUGCUUAUUUUCAUCACAGGCUUAUAUUUGACGAAUUUGAGAAUGAGACAUGUCUCUGUAAAAGAUUUACUCAGUUUGUUACCAAGUAUAACUUAAUGUCUAAAGACAAUUUGAUUGUGCCCAUUUUAGAGGACGAGAAUACGCCAGGAGAAUCUGAAGCAUAAGCAGCCAUUUUUAUGUUGUUGGUUGUAUAGUAACCUUUGCUAAUUUUAUGUAUAAUGGGUAGUACUAAAUGUGAUGAGGAGAUAAAUAAUUAAUAAAAAUAGUUAGCAGGUACCUAGUGCGUUGCAGUGUAGAUAUUUUAAGUCAAAAACAUCUGUUAUGAAUAAUUUAGUAGGUACUAUUCGGUACUAUUUUAAUUUAUAAAACAAGACAAGUUCUUUUAUACCCUCAAAAAACAAUUUAAGUAAGGUAUUUUUAGUUUAAGCUCUCUCAUAAUUAUUCAUUUAGAGUCAUUUGAUAAAUUUUAAUAGAUUUAUUGUGUUAAAGUAUUAUAGAAACUAAAAUAUACUGUGUAUUAUAUUGUAUGUGCAUAUUAGCAAUCUCAAGAAC